UUGAAAAUUAAAUUCCAACGCUAACAGAAACAAUACAGAAAUUAAAGCGUCAUUGCACCAAAUAUUUUAUUUGUUUUCUUAAUUGUUUAAUUCUUUAAAAAAAUAUAAUCCAAGCAUUCAAAUAAAAUUAAAAUUAAUCAUAAAAAUGAACUCUUACCAAACUAUAAAAAUCUGAUUUUGAAUUAAAAAAAAAAAAAACAGAAAAAUUUCAUAAAAAUGUCUUUAGAAGGCGCAAAAUUAAUUUGCCUCAGUGCCGAUGAUAAUGGCAAAUUUGAAACCAUUCCUGCCAAAGGAAAAACAUUUAAAUUUGGCUACUAUAUUGACUGUGAUGUUGUGCUUGAACAUCCCAACGCUAUGGGACUGCAGUGUAUCAUUAAUUGUGACGCCUUUGGAAGGGUCACAAUUGAAAAUCGAUGCAGUGAUCAACCCAUUACAUUAGACGGAAAAACAUUGGUUAAAAUGCGUCCACUACUUCACAACACAGAAAUUUGUAUUUUUGAUAAAAAAUAUCUUUGGCAAUUCGAUGGGAAUCCACAACCAAAAGGAUUUUACAUGGAAGAUAUCAAUGAUUUUACUACGCCCGCUAAACAAAUGACAAAACCUCAACAACCACCAAAUUCAGAACCAGCUCGAAAGUGGCGCAGACCAAUGCAUACUCGAUUAACAAUUCACAGUUUCGCUUAUUGCAUCAAAGCCGGUGAGAGUCCACAAGAUGUUGAAGCAACAACUGAUGAAAAUAAACCCUUAAACACCCACGAACGGUUAAUAGAUGCUGAUAUAGUACCAAAUAAAAGACUAUCAUCAUCACCAUCAUCCCCACCAUCAGAUAAUACUCCAGAUUUUAUUGAUUUAAAUACACCAAAAAUAAAUCAAAAACCUUCCAGUCAGAAAGAUAAAACACUAAACUUUUGCAGACUUUCCGAAACUGUGAUAACCUCAUACUCACCCCGUGAAACUGGUAUACGACAAGAGAAAUCUUUCGCAGUUGUGCAAUCACCUUUGGCGGCUGCAAGUAAAUCUAUUGUAACAAACGUAAGUUUGGGACCAUUUCAUCAUACUGCUUCACCACAAACAAUGCAAAACUAUCGUCCUUCUAUGCAUCUGAUUGAUCUUAUUACUCCAAAGAAGCUAAAACCACCGUCAUCAUCUGCAUCCCGAACUCUGCUCAAAUCGACUCUUAAAAAGAAUCUUCCGAAGGGAACAUCACCACAAACUCCACACAAGUCCACAAAAAUAAUGGACAUAUCAACACCUGGAAGCUCAGAUAGUGUAUAUAGUGUUCCUUCUACUGAUGAUGAAAGUAUAAUCGUACUUUCUGACGAUGGUAGUGGCUCACCCUCUCCAAUUGCUAAAACACCACCGCGAGCAAGAACCCCUCAAUCGCUUAUGAAACGUGCUAUUCUUAGCAGUGCAAAGAAAGCCGCAGUCGCUAAGAAGUUGUUAAAUUUUUCGCGGCAUAAACAAACCCCUGAUACGAAAAAUCCAACCGCAGUUCGUUUUCAAAGUCAAAGCACACCACAAAGAAAAUCUUUUGGAAGAUUCCCAUCUUCUGCGGAAAGUCUUUCCGCAGGAAAACCGCGCAAGUCUUUAAUAACUUCCACGCCAUUUCGUCAAAGAGCUGAUAUCGUUUCAUCAAGUUCAUCAAGGCGCUCAUUAUCAGUUAACUCCCAGUCACCUCAUAUCGGUAGUACUAAAAAAGAGAGUAGAAAUUCUCUAAUGCUUAAGCAAGCGCUUUCAAUGACACCUAUUAAGUCAAGCAUGACUCAAAAACGCAUGUCGAUGUCAUGUAUGAAUAAUGAAAAUAAGUCGAGAAAAUCAGUUUCAUUUUUACAAGAUAUUGAAAAAGAAGAAAAAUCGAACAUUAAUGAAGUUGUAGAUCCUGAAGUUGAAAGGCAGCUUAACCAUACUUUUAGUAUUGAAGAAGAAGAUAAGACGAAUUGUUUACUGGAUCAGGCUGCGAGUUCACAUUGCAAAGAUACCACUUUUUCUCCUGUAAAAGAAAAAGUCGAAAGCAUAACAAAACCGGAAUCUGUGCCUCUUGAUGGUCUCAACUCAUCUACAAAUACUGAUUCAUUGGGUGUUACUCCUCUAGAAAAAAGAAGUGAUUCUGAAGACCAAACAAGCACAAGGUGCACUAAUUCAUUAUCUAUUAUCUCUCAGGUAGAAAAUAUAUCUGGCAAUCAGAGACAAAUAGACACAGAGAUUCUUGAGGAACUAACAAUCAAUAAAAAUGAAGAUCCACAGACACCUCGUGGGGAACAACUCGAUGCUACAGACUAUGAUUUUGAUGGCGUUGAUGAAAUAUUUAAGACUCCCAAAGCUAAAAAUAUCAUGAUUCUCAGCUCACCGAAAAGCAUAAGUCUCCAAAAGCCAACCUCAGAUUCGGUAGAGCUUAUUCAUUCAACAGAAUUUGAUUUGAGCGCAAAUCUAGAUGAUCUUUUUCAAACUCCUCAAAGUGAACUAUUAACAAGACGAGUGCAUGCAGACGUCACUCCUGCUUCAGCGUCUGCAAUUGAAACGCUAUCACCAGAAGAAGCUUUCGAUAUGCUUGUGGGGCGCCCAAUUAUAAAAAAGAGCUAUGCACGAAAGACUCCACCGAAGAAAACACAAUUAUCUGCAAUAAAAAUUACAAGUGAUGCAAGUUUACCAAAAACGGACAUUGAGGAAUGGAUAGAUAGUGUCAAUGAUCUAUUAGAAGAUGAAACUGAAAUGUCCUAUCUAUCCACACGAACGAUGAAUGAAGUUAGUCGAGAUCCAUUAAUGAUGCAAUCAAUUGCAGGAAGCUCUAAUGUAAAAGUGAAAUCUAUAAAAACACCAAGAGAUGAAUUCGAGAUGACAUUGAGAGAAGUUGACAACGAAGAAGUGAACACAUCAAAGCAGACUGUUCAGAAAGAUCCCUUAGAAACAACUGUUCCCAGAUCACUUUCCCCGAAUAUAAGUGGGAUAGGUUUAUUGGAUCAUACUUCGGAAUCAGUUUUCUCAGAAACGCUGGCUGUUUCUGAUGACUCAUCAUUAAAAGAAACUGAAAGAACGAUAAAAUCAUCCGAUGAUCACGAUGCUAAAAAUAUAACUGUUAAUCAAGAACAACUUAACAUAUCAAAGGAAGAAAAAGCUCGUAGAGAGAUUGAAGAAGCUUUUAAAAACUUUGAGAAACAGCGCAAAACCUUAGAUGAGAAGAGACUUGCUUCUACACCAGAAGCUAAGAAACCUAUUUCAAAAAUCACAAAAAGGAGAACUAUGGGAAAUCAAUUAUCAUUAGAUCCAUUAUUUGAUCCUAAGCUGAUCAAAGCGUUACAAUCAGAUCAUAAAAAUGAUUUAAACGCUGACAAUUCGGACGAAUUGUCUGACUCCGAGUCUACUGUUGGUAGCGUUUCAGAAGUGAAGUUUAAUGUUAAAGGAGCCAAGACCCAACUAGUUUUAGAACAAGUUUCAGAGGUGAAAUCGGAUCUGCGAGUUGCCAAGUUUGAACGGGAAUUAGAAAUGGCCUUUGAGAAAUUUGAAGAGAAACCAGAAUUUUCGAAACAGCGAGCAGCAAAGACACCAGAAUACCAAAAGGCUGUGAUGAAAGAUCAUAGAAAAACUCUCGGUAACGCGAUUGUUUCAGAAGUAACUUUGGAUUUUGAUGCAGCCAGGGCUGAAAGAGAGUUAGAACUGGCCUUUGAAAACUUCGAAGACGAACCAGAACUUUCGGAAGAGCGAGCAGCCAAAACACCAGAACCGAAGAAAACGACCUCAAAAGAUCACAGAAGAACACUUGGUAGCGCCCUGGUUUCGGAAGUGAAAUUAGAUUUACAAGCAGCCAAGGCUGAACGAGAGUUAGAACUGGCCUUUGAAAACUUUGAAGAGGAACCAGAAUUUUCGGAAGAGCGAGCAGCCAAAACACCAGAACCGAAGAAAACGACCUCAAAAGAUCACAGAAGAACACUUGGUAGCGCCCUGGUUUCGGAAGUGAAAUUAGAUUUACAAGCAGCCAAGGCUGAACGAGAGUUAGAACUGGCCUUUGAAAACUUUGAAGAGGAACCAGAAUUUUCGAAAGAGCGAGCAGCCAAAACACCAGAACCGAAGAAAACCACCUCAAAAGAUCACAGAAGAACACUUGGUAGCGCCCUGGUUUCGGAAGUGAAAUUAGACUUACAAGCAGCCAAGGCUGAGCGAGAGUUAGAACUGGCCUUUGAAAACUUUGAAGAGGAACCAGAAUUUUUGGAAGAGCGAGCAGCCAAAACACCAGAACCGAAGAAAACGACCUCAAAAGAUCACAGAAGAACACUUGGUAGCGCCCUGGUUUCGGAAGUGAAAUUAGAUUUACAAGCAGCCAAGGCUGAACGAGAGUUAGAACUGGCCUUUGAAAACUUUGAAGAGGAACCAGAAUUUUCGAAAGAGCGAGCAGCCAAAACACCAGAACCGAAGAAAACCACCUCAAAAGAUCACAGAAGAACACUUGGUAGCGCCCUGGUUUCAGAAGUGAAAUUAGACUUACAAGCAGCCAAGGCUGCACGAGAGUUAGAACUGGCCUUUGAAAACUUUGAAGAGAAACCAGAAUUUUCGGAAGAGCGAGCAGUCAAAACACCAGAACCGAAGAAAGCGAUCUCAAAAGAUCACAGAAGAACACUUGGUAGCGCCCUGGUUUCGGAAGUGAAAUUAGACUUAAAAGCAGCCAAGGCUGAACGAGAGUUAGAACUGGCCUUUGAAAACUUUGAAGAGGAACCAGAAUUUUCGGAAGAGCGAGCAGCCAAAACACCAGAACCGAAGAAAACGACCUCUAAAGAUCACAGAAGAACACUUGGUAGCGCCCUGGUUUCGAUAGUGAAAUUAGACUUACAAGCAGCCAAGACUGAACGAGAGUUAGAACUGGCCUUUGAAAACUUUGAAGAGGAACCAGAAUUUUCGGAAGAGCGAGCAGCCAAAACACCAGAACCGAAGAAAACGAACUCUAAAGAUCACAGAAGAACACUUGGUAGCGCCCUGGUUUCGGAAGUGAAAUUAGACUUACAAGCAGCCAAGACUGAACGAGAGUUAGAACUGGCCUUUGAAAACUUUGAAGAAGAACCAGAAUUUUCGGAGGAGCGAGCACCCAAAACACCAGAACCGAAGAAAUCCACCUCAAAAGAUCACAGAAGAACACUUGGUAGCGCCUUGGUUUCGGAAGUGAAAUUAGACUUACAAGCAGCUAAGGCUGAACGAGAGUUAGAACUGGCCUUUGAAAACUUUGAAGAGGAACCAGAAUUUUUGGAAGAGCGAGCAGCCAAAACACCAGAACCGAAGAAAACCACCUCAAAAGAUCACAGAAGAACACUUGGUAGCGCCCUGGUUUCGGAAGUGAAAUUAGAUUUACAAGCAGCCAAGGCUGAACGAGAGUUAGAACUGGCCUUUGAAAACUUUGAAAAGGAACCAGAAUUUUCGGAAGAGAGAGCAGUCAAAACACCAGAACCGAAGAAAGCGACCUCAAAAGAUCACAGAAGAACACUUGGUAGCGCCCUGGUUUCGGAAGUGAAAUUAGACUUACAAGCAGCCAAGGCUGAACGAGAGUUAGAACUAGCCUUUGAAAACUUUGAAGAGAAACCAGAAUUUUCGGAAGAGCGAGCAGUCAAAACACCAGAACCGAAGAAAGCGAUCUCAAAAGAUCACAGAAGAACACUUGGUAGCGCCCUGGUUUCGGAAGUGAAAUUAGAUUUACAAGCAGCCAAGGCCCAACGAGAGUUAGAACUGGCCUUUGAAAACUUUGAAGAGGAACCAGAAUUUUCGGAAGAGCGAGCAGCCAAAACACCAGAACCGAAGAAAACGACCUCUAAAGAUCACAGAAGAACACUUGGUAGCGCCUUGGUUUCGGUAGUGAAAUUAGACUUACAAGCAGCCAAGGCUGAACGAGAGUUAGAACUGGCCUUUGAAAACUUUGAAGAGGAACCAGAAUUUUCGGAAGAGCGAGCAGCAAAAACACCAGAACCGAAGAAAACCACCUCAAAAGAUCACAGAAGAACACUUGGCAGCGCCCUGGUUUCGGAAAUGAAAUUAGACUUACAAGCAGCCAAGGCCGAACGAGAGUUAGAACUGGCCUUUGAAAACUUUGAAGAGGAACCAGAAUUUUCGGAAGAGCGAGCAGCAAAAACACCAGAACCGAAGAAAACCACCUCAAAAGAUCACAGAAGAACACUUGGUAGUGCCCUGGUUUCGGAAGUGAAAUUAGAUUUACAAGCAGCCAAAGCCGAACGAGAGUUAGAACUGGCCUUUGAAAACUUUGAAGAGGAACCAGAAUUUUCGGAAGAGCGAGCAGCCAAAACACCAGAACCGAAGAAAACGACCUCAAAAGAUCACAGAAGAACACUUGGUAGCGCCCUGGUUUCGGAAAUGAAAUUAGACUUACAAGCAGCCAAGGCCGAACGAGAGUUAGAACUGGCCUUUGAAAACUUUGAAGAGGAACCAGAAUUUUCGGAAGAGCGAGCAGCCAAAACACCAGAACCGAAGAAAACGACCUCAAAAGAUCACAGAAGAACACUUGGUAGCGCCCUGGUUUCGGAAGUGAAAUUAGAUUUACAAGCAGCCAAGGCUGAACGAGAGUUAGAACUGGCCUUUGAAAACUUUGAAGAGGAACCAGAAUUUUCGGAAGAGCGAGCAGCCAAAACACCAGAACCGAAGAAAACGACCUCAAAAGAUCACAGAAGAACACUUGGUAGCGCCCUGGUUUCGGAAGUGAAAUUAGAUUUACAAGCAGCCAAGGCCGAACGAGAGUUAGAACUGGCCUUUGAAAACUUUGAAGAGGAACCAGAAUUUUCGGAAGAGCGAGCAGCCAAAACACCAGAACCGAAGAAAACCACCGCAAAAGAUCACAGAAGAACACUUGGUAGCGCCCUGGUUUCGGAAGUGAAAUUAGACUUACAAGCAGCCAAGGCUGAACGAGAGUUAGAACUGGCCUUUGAAAACUUUGAAGAGGAACCAGAAUUUUCGGAAAAGCGAGCAGCCAAAACACCAGAACCGAAGAAAACCACCUCAAAAGAUCACAGAAGAACACUUGGCAGCGCCCUGGUUUCGGAAGUGAAAUUAGACUUACAAGCAGCCAAGGCUGAACGAGAGUUAGAACUGGCCUUUGAAAACUUUGAAGAAGAACCAGAAUUUUCGGAAGAGCGAGCAGUCAAAACACCAGAACCGAAGAAAACCACCUUAAAAGAUCACAGAAGAACACUUGGUAGCGCCCUGGUUUCAGAAGUGAAAUUAGACUUACAAGCAGCCAAGGCUGAACGAGAGUUAGAAUUGGCCUUUGAAAAAUUUGAAGAAGAACCAGAAUUUGCGGAAGAGCGAGCAGUCAAAACCCCAGAACCGAAGAAAACCACCUUAAAAGAUCACAGAAGAACACUUGGUAGCGCCCUGGUUUCAGAAGUGAAAUUAGACUUACAAGCAGCCAAGGCUGAACGAGAGUUAGAAUUGGCCUUUGAAAACUUUGAAGAAGAACCAGAAUUUGCGGAAGAGCGAGCAGUCAAAACACCAGAACCGAAGAAAACCACCUUAAAAGAUCACAGAAGAACACUUGGUAGCGCCCUGGUUUCGGAAGUGAAAUUAGACUUACAAGCAGCCAAGGCUGAACGAGAGUUAGAACUGGCCUUUGAAAACUUUGAAGAGGAACCAGAAUUUUCGGAAGAGCGAGCAGCCAAAACACCAGAACCGAAGAAAACCACCUCAAAAGAUCACAGAAGAACACUUGGUAGCGCCCUGGUUUCAGAAGUGAAAUUAGACAUACAAGCAGCCAAGGCUGCACGAGAGUUAGAACUGGCCUUUGAAAACUUUGAAGAGGAACCAGAAUUUUCGGAAGAGCGAGCAGCCAAAACACCAGAACCGAAGAAAACGACCUCUAAAGAUCACAGAAGAACACUUGGUAGCGCCCUGGUUUCGGAAGUGAAAUUAGAUUUACAAGCAGCCAAGACUGAACGAGAGUUAGAACUGGCCUUUGAAAACUUUGAAGAGGAACCAGAAUUUUCGGAAGAGCGAGCAGCCAAAACACCAGAACCGAAGAAAACCACCUCAAAAGAUCACAGAAGAACACUUGGUAGCGCCUUGGUCUCGGAAGUGAAAUUAGAUUUACGAGCAGCCAAGGCUGAACGAGAGUUAGAACUACACCCUGAAACAUCUGAAGAAGAACCAAACUCUAAAAAUGAAAAUUCUACAUCUGUUCAGUUUUUAACAAAAAAGCAAAGUGGAACAGAGGAAGACGAAAUUUCAGGGUCGCACUCCGUUAUACCAGAUCUUGAAAAGGAGGUUAGUGGUGAAGACAUUGACAAGCUUGAAAGCAACAAGGCUACACCUCUUCGAAGGACCCGUAAAAAAGCAACCGAGAGCAUAGAUGAUGUCAAAUCUAAUGUAACUCCGAUUCGAAGGACACGGCAGAAUUCGGUUGAUUCGCUGAUAGGUGAUGCAAAAAAACCAACUUGUUCGAACAGUGAAGACGAACCAAUAAAAACUAAUACAUUGCGGUUGAAUUCUUCUGACGUUGACACCACUGAUGACGAAACUCAUACAAAAUCACAGAAUCCUCGCAGUACCCGAAUACGAAAAAAAUCUGCAAAAAUUUCAGAACAAUCUAAUAAAGAAACAGACAAUGCACAUAUUUUAGAACCGAUUGUUGAAGAAAAAAAUACUGAACCUAAAAGAGAAAAUAAAGAUGUAGAAUUAAAGUCAUUGCUUAGUCUCAAAGCUGAAGCUGAUGAAAUCACUAGUUUAAGCCCUGCUCAAAACAGUCGUUAUCGUGGACGUAAAGUUCAACUUAAUGUUGUGCUCGUUGAAUCCAAAGAUACAAAUAUUGUGGUUUCUGAAGAAGAGAGUUCCAAGCAAGUUGGUCCUAUGAAAAACUAUAUUGAAAAACUCGAAGAUAAUAACACUAAAGAAGAAUGCCACGAUCAAGUUAUUAUUGACAAUGAUGGGGGCGAAUCGAUUCCUUCUACACCACUGCCCUUGAGCUCGCGGGAACGUAGACCUUCGAAGCCAUUGGUCCCUGCUUUAAGAAGAACUCGCAAAGGUAGUGCUCAGCAAGAUAUUGAAGCGAAAAAUGAACGAGUCGAGACACCCAUCGAAAAAAUUGAUGCUCAAUUAACAAUUGACAAACUCAACGAAAAAGAAGCUAAUCAUGAAGAUGUCAUUCCAUCUACACCGGUCAGGGCUUUGAGAAGAACCCGAAAAGCCAGCAUUCAACAAGAUGUUGAAGUACAGAAUGCCGAUAGACUCGAGCCACUAGUCGAAGAAAUUGAUGCACAACCCACAAUCGACAAGCAUAACGAGUCUCUCAAAGAAGUUGACCGUGAAGAUAUUGUUGCAUCCACGUCAGCUCGGGGUCUCAGAAGAACCCGCAAAGGCAGUGUUCAACAAGAUAUUCAAAAUGUCGAUGAAAUUAAUAAAAUUAAAUCUUCCACAAUCAGCAAUCUCAAAGAAGAAAUUGAAAAAGUUAUGAUAAAUAACGAAACUAGUGAUCAACAAGAUGUUGUUGAUAAAGUUGUGACACUUGACGAUAAAACUGAUGCCCUAUCCAAAAUAGAAGAACGAAAUGAAAAAUCACUUCAAGAAGUUGAUCCUGAAAGUAUCGUUCCAUCUACACCAGUCAGGGCUUUGAGAAGAACCCGCAAAGCCAGCAUUCAACAAGAUGUUGAAGUAAAAAAGGAAAAAAUAGAUGUUCAGUGCACAAUUGACAAACGCAACGAAAAAGAAGCUGAUCAUGAAGAUGUCGUUCCAUCUACACCGGUCAGGGCUUUGAGAAGAACCCGCAAAGCUAGCAUUCAACAAGAUGUUGAAAAAAUUGAUGCACAACCAACAAUCGGCAAGCGUACCGAAUCUGUCAAAGAAGUUGACCGUGAAGAUAUCGUUGCUUCCCGCUCGGUCCGCGGUUUAAGAAAAACUCGCAAAGGCAGUGUUCAGCAAGAUAUCAAAGUUGAAAAUGUCGUUAGAGUUAAGACGGUUGACGAUAAAAGUAAUGCAUCAUCCGAAAUCGAAGAAAACAAAGAUGUUUCUCCGAAGAAAGCUGAUAUUGGAAAUAUAAUUCCUUCGAUAUCGGUUCCAGCUUUGAGAAAAACUCGCAAAGGCAGUGUUCAACAAGAUAUAAAAGCUCAAAAUGUCGAAACCAAUGUCAAUAACGAUAAUGUACAACCAUCAAGUCACCAGGCAAAAGAAGUCGAUAGUGAAGAUACCAUUGCCUCCACACCUAUACACAAACAGACACGACGACGACAACCCAUCAAUCAGAAAAUAUCUAAAACUACUAAAGACGAAUCAACCUCGUUUGAACAAGCGAAAUCAGAAAAUAUGAAUUCGAAAGUAUGUGAGAUUGAUGAUAAAAAUCAAAAUAAAAGAAGUAAUAAAGAAGAAACUGAGACUGAGACUGAAAGUUUAUUUGGAGAAAAAGUUUGUACUGAAGAAGAUUGUUCAUCUUACUCAGUAUCACCAACAGAAAAAGAAAUUUCCGAUUUUGUGCCGUGCGUUUCGAAAGUUGAAAUUCAAUCGGAGCAAACAACGGCUAAUCUAAUUGGAAAAGAUUGUCAUAAUGAAGACGGCAAACAUCUGGAAGAUCCUUCCGAUGAAGUUUUAGAAUCCCAAGAAAUUGAAAAUAAAAAUGAAUCUUCAGUCGAAAGCAAUAUUGCAAAAAGACGUGGACACGGAGCAGCAAUUAUAGGAGAAAAUGUAGUACGAGUUGGCAACAGAGGUCGAAAAAGACCCGGUGAACAGAUUUUAGAAGGACUACAGCAAGAAACAAAGCAUCAAGAAGAAAAAAUUAAGGUUGCAGAAAAUGCUGAACCUCAAACGGUUCCAGUGCCUGGUAAAAAACUGAACCGCGAAGUAGAUAUAAAAGUAGAACCUGAAUUACUUGCACCAUCAGUUACUUCCCCAAUGACUGUUCUUGCAACUGAUUGUAUAAAUGAAACUCAAUCCGUUGAAGACGAUUGUAGCGAUCUCGAUAAAAUUGCAGAAUGUGAUCUCGUAAUCGUUUCUUCUCUAGAAUCUGAAAAGAUAAAUGAAUCCCCGACCAAAAACAAUACAGUUUCAAAAACACGUGGACGCAAAGCAGCAGCUUUAAAAACAGAAAAUCCAGUACCAGUUGGGAAAAGAGGUCGCAAACGAGCUAUGGAAAAGGUUUCUGAGACACAUCAAGAAACUGCCAAUCAGAUAGAAGAAGUUAAGUCUCACGUCGAGGAAAUUGCCAAAAUUGCUGAUAUUGAAUUGCAAAUGACUCCAGUGCCAUCAAGAAAACGGGGACGCAGAGCAGAUGUAAAAAUAGAAAUACCAUCGCCUGAACCCAUAGCUCCGUCUCCAACAAAAGUUCAUGCAAUUGACGAAGAUGAUGAUGUCGAAGAUCCAUCUUCUCAAGUUCACAAAUCUCAAAACAUUGAAAAUAGAAUUGAAGAAAAAAAUGUGACAUCCAAAACACGUGGACGUAAGGCAGCGGUGAAAGAAGAAAACUUAACAGCUGGUAAAAGGGGUCGUAAGCGAACCACUGAACAGACUUCUGAGGCACACGAAUUACAAGGGACUGAACAUCUAAAAGAAGAAAUAAAAUCUCAUGUUGAGGAAUCUCGACUUGAUUCAGCUAACCAAGUAGAAACUGAUGGACUUGAAACUGAAAAUAAUUUACUUUCGAAGGCGCGUGGGACUAGACAAGCUUUAAAAUCUGAGAAGGUGGUACCAACUGCAAAGAGAGGUCGAAAAAGAGUACUCGAACAAAAAACUACAGACCCCGAAGAAGCUAAAAAUAAUGUCGAUGAAUGUCAACUUGAUUCAACAAACCGAAACGAAGAUGAUAAAAAUACUGAUGUUGAAAAGCUUAAAAGUGCAGCGCCAUCAAUAAAACGUGGUCGCAAAGCAGCUUUGGAAAAAGAAUCAGCAGCUUCUACACAGAUAAUUGAAACUCCAGUUCGAAGAGGCAGACCAAAAAAAAUUGUAGAAACACCUAUUUCAAAAUCAGAAAAAGUUUUCAAUCCAGACGAUGCUAACAAUGAAAAUGAGGAUUUAGGCGAGAUACGAUCUAAUGAAACUGAAGAAGUUUUAAUGAAAUUAGAGUCUUCAAAUAAUCGCAGACUUAAACGAGCACCUAAUAGGUCAGCAACUGAAACUUCAACGCCAGUAAGAAGAGGUGUACGAGAAAAUAUUGCUGAAACUGCCUCUGCGGUUGAAGAAUCACCUAAACUAGAAAUAACCAAUUCUAAGACUGAAGUUCAAGACGAAAAAGACAAGAGUGUAAAUUUAUCACCAAAGCCAUCUAAAACUCGUGGUCGUAAAGUGGUGUCAGAAGAACAGACUGUUGAGUCCUCAAGUCGUAGAGGUGGACGAACAAAGGUUGUACAGGAUAAUGUGACGGAAUCUGAUGUCGUUCCAAAAUCUCGAGGACGCAAGCCUACAAAGAAAAUUGAUGUUGUUGAGGCUUCAAAAGAAAUUAAAAAUGUAACAGAUGAAGAUAAAACAACCUCCCAAAUAGUGCCAAAUCCUGUAACAUCCUAUUCUCCUUCGAGUGAAAGCUCACCUUCAAUAAAAAGUAAAACUCAAAAGAGAUCUUUAACUUUACAAGAUACUGCGGAAAAAGACACAGAUAAAUCAUUGAUUAAAACAGAAAUUGAAUCGUUGAAUGAAAGUUCUACAAAGGACGUCGAUAAUCAUGAAAAUUUCCCAACAACAAAACGAAUCCGAAGAGCUCCUGCCAAGCUCACUGAAUUCAUAGUUAGCAAAUCGAUUCAAAAAGUUAAAGGAGAACGCCUUAAUCUUAAGACCGAAGACUCGGAUAUUGAAGUACACAACUCUUCAACACCAAAAACUAGUGCACAAACCCCAGUUGCGAAUUCAGAAUGUGUUGAGCCCACUCAAAAUGAAGUUUCAACUCCACUUAGAAAACGUGGUCGAAAAGAAAUAGUUGAAAAAGUUAACCAAAAAGAAUCAGAUCCUCCUCGAAAAGUUGGUCGUCAAACUAAAGCGAAUAGCAAACCAGAUGUAACUUCGAUUCAAGAUUUACAGAAUGAUAAAAAUGAUCCUUCAUCCGAUUUGGUUUCAGAAGAAGACAAGUCUGAGGAAAAACCUCAACAAAAGACAAAUCGUAGAGCCAGAGUUUUGUCAGGAGCAUCAAGCCCUUCACAGUCAGUUUCAAAAGAACAGCAAAAUCAAACUGACACACAAACACAAAAGAAAUCAACUCGCGGACGAGGGAAAGCUGCUUCAAAAAAUAAUGCAGAAGUAGAAACUACCUCUCACCCCGAGGAGGAAGAACUUCCAUCUGCAACCAAGCCAAAGUCAACUCGGGGUCGAAAAGCUGCACCAAAAGCGGAAAUUGUGCAACAAGAAGAUGAAGAUAGCAAUAAAGUUGAUAGCAAACCAAGAAGAGGUAGAAAGGCUGUAACAGCAGAACUUGAUGUCAAGUCUCCCAUUGCAACUGAACUUUCUCCUGUAAUUGUUAAAAAGACUACCCGUGGUCGCAAAGCUGCAUCUAAAAAUACUGUCACAGAAUCUAAUGUUCAAAAUUUGAAAUUAGAUGAACAACCUAAGAAGACAACUCAACCUGACAAGGAUCAAGACGAGGAAACAAAGUUAGCUCUAAAACGAAGAAAUUUAGAAACACUAACAAGCGAUGAUCAACAAGAUACACCAUCAAAGAGAACGAGGCGCAAACCAAAUAAGCUCCUUUGUGAUUAGUUAACUACAUACAAUAAGCUGGCAGUGCCGGAACUUGAGUUUUUGAUAUUUUUGUUUUUAUUCUUUAUGAUUUUGUAAUUAUUUUAUUUUUCUGUAAACUUCAUAUUUUCAUUACGUAUUAAGAUUUUCUUUUGUUUCUAAUAUUCAUAUUUUACAUUGUAAAAGGUUGUUUUACAACUACAUAUUUAAAAAAAAAAAUUAAUAAAAACAAACUGUUUUGAACAAAA